GUGUUUCCUCAUUCACUCGAUGCAACACUGCAUGUCCAGGUCGCAAGAAAAACUCACACUUCGUAAAGAUUCUAAUUACUCUUCGGAGUCAUUCCUACGUCGCUCUUCGGGGCCUAGUUUUAGUCUCCGACCAAAUGACAUUUGUUAGCGCUCGAAUGAUAGAAAACGUGGCCUUCGGGCAUCAUCGCCGCCAGACCUGGGACACCAGCGAGGCGAGCGCAUGCAUCUACGCAACCUCGUGCAUCGUGUGGAAAUUGAUCACGACGUCGACCUUUUGCAGGGGGAGUUCUCCCUCGUCUCGAUGUUUGUUGCAGCAGUGAAUCACGAAAGGGCGUGUGAGCCGAACUUCGAUGCGAUGCUCACAAGCAUCGAAGCGGAAGGCCACGACGAAUUUUGGGAGCAAGUCAAGCACUUGUGGACACUGAAAGAAAUGAUGACGGAGGACGAUGUGGACUGGCAGGAGGGGAACACUCCAGCAAGUGACGACGAAGAGGAAGAGGAAGCUGAGGAAGACAAUCUGGAUCGCCCAGCAAUACGAGAGUGAGUCGCCAGCGCGGAAUGCCGAUGAACGGAUCUCGACUACUUACUCAUCUUUGCAAGGCGUGCUUCCAUUUACAAGAGCAUGUCGGGACCGACAGCUGUCUUUGCUUUCUGCUCUUGUUUCGCAGUAGCCAGCAUCUCGCGUCUUCACGCAAGGCUUGGUUUCGCAGUAAGUAGCGACGUUUCAAUGUUACUCUUAUUGUACAGAAUCAGAAAACAUUGGUAGGCGUACUAUCUUUCUCCUUGAAGAUGUUUGUACCACAGUCCGAUUCUCGCGAACAGUGGAAAACUGUUUGCAUCGAAAUAAGUUAUCAGUAUCAUCUUGGAUUUUUCACUGUAUGAUUUUCAACGCAGCAACAAUGUUGAACCAGAUUGAGUUUCGAUGCAACGCCGAGUAGGAUAAUCUUCCUACUGGCGGCAGACGGGUAUGUUGGCUUGGGAUGUACC